AUGUGUAGACAUGCGCAGUUGAUCAGCUGUUAGCAGCUGCGUUGUCAACCAAAAGACAGGCGUGAUUGUUUUUUUUCUGUUUUUAUUUUUGAGUUUGAGUCUAUAUUCUUUACAAAUGGCUGGUACUGCGUUAAAAAGACUGAUGGCUGAGUAUAAGCAGCUGACUCUAAACCCACCCGAGGGAAUCGUUGCAGGCCCUGCAAAUGAAGAGAACUUCUUUGAGUGGGAGGCUUUAAUUAUGGGUCCAGAGGACACGUGUUUUGAGGGCGGAGUAUUUCCAGCCCUCCUCUCCUUCCCGUCAGACUACCCCCUCAGCCCUCCUAAAAUGCGAUUCACCUGUGACAUGUUUCACCCAAACAUUUACCCAGAUGGACGUGUGUGCAUCUCUAUCCUGCAUGCUCCGGGAGACGACCCAAUGGGCUAUGAGAGCAGUGCUGAGAGAUGGAGUCCUGUCCAGAGUGUGGAGAAGAUCCUACUGUCUGUAGUCAGUAUGUUAGCAGAGCCCAAUGAUGAGAGUGGAGCGAACGUUGAUGCUUCCAAGAUGUGGCGUGAGGACCGAGACCAGUUUUACAGCCUGGCUCAACAGAUCGUCCGCAAGUCCCUGGGUCUCUAAUAACAACAUCACAUCGUCUAUGUAGGUCCCAAAUGGCACCCUAUUCCCUAUAGCGCGCACUACUUUAGAGUCAAAGUUCUAUGAGGUCUGGUCAAAAGUAGUGCACUAUAAAGGGAACCUCUGUCUGGAUCUAACCUACCGCUUCCAUUUCACCCAACAUGUCACCAGGACAGGAAGUUGUCAUAACCAGGAAGUUACAGGAGACUACAGUGACAAUUUAGACUAGCUGGUAAGCAUGGAGACGGGCAGAUGACUGAUGGCUCCAUCUCUGGCUGUUUCCAUGGGUAUGAUGAACCCACAAAAACCAUUUGACUCAAAUGACCUGUUUCGUUCCGUUGUCACCUCUCUCUCUCUCAAGCACUUUAUGUUGUUUUUUCCAAAGGAAUAUGUUUAGCGUGUUACUGCCCAGAAUGCCAUUCACUCUGCAAUAUGGCUACAUAGAGGUGCUGUGACUCAUUGGAAUAGUAAAUAAAUAAUACAACUGUUUGUGAGAACUUGUGAAUGUAAUAGAAGAUAUCUUUAUUAAUACUGUCAACAUGUGACUGACAGACACACGAAUGGCUCUUCUGUUUUAGGGUAUUCUCUCAUGACCAUCCUUCCAAAAAUCCUCUCGUUGACUCAACUAUUGAAAACUGUCUUGAGGCUAGAGUAAUAACAUCGAUGUGGGGAAUAAAGCGCUUUGCUUCUG